CUCCAUGCAGCAGUUUGAAACUGAUCCACAGCUUUCCUCCUUCACCUACCACUUGGGGCUAAUACACACGCAUGAACUUCUAUUGAGGAAAACCACAAAAAGCUUCAAAAAAGCUACAACGGGAAAAAGAGAGCAUUGUCCCACAGUCAGCAGGCCACUAGCUUAUUAACUUCCAGUCACCUUGACUUUGCUGACAUGAAGAUUCUGCAGUCUACACUUUUCCUGCUCCUGUUUAUACCUCUGACAGAGCCAGCACCACCAACUCUGCAGGACUCACGCAUGACCUAUGAUUAUGGAACAGAUAAUUUUGAAGAAACCUUGUUUAGUCAAGAUUUUGAGGACAAAUAUCUGGAUGGAAAAAAUAUUAAGGAAAAAGAAACUAUACUACCUGAAGAGAAAAGUCUUCAAUUACAAAAAGAUGAGCGUGUAAUGCUACCACCCCUCAAGAAGGAAAAUGAUGAAAUGCCCACGUGCCUGUUGUGUGUUUGCUUAAGUGGUUCUGUAUACUGUGAAGAAGUUGACAUUGAUGCUGUACCACCCUUGCCAAAGGAAUCAGCCUAUCUUUAUGCACGAUUCAACAAAAUUAAAAAGCUGACUGCGAGAGAUUUUGCAGAUAUACCUAACUUAAGACGACUUGAUUUUACGGGAAAUCUGAUUGAAGACAUAGAAGAUGGUACUUUUUCAAAACUUUCUCUGUUAGAAGAACUUACACUAGCUGAAAAUCAACUGUUGAAACUUCCAGUUCUUCCUCCUAAGCUCACUUUAUUUAAUGCAAAAUACAACAAAAUCAAGAGUAGAGGAAUCAAAGCAAAUACUUUCAAAAAACUGAACCACCUCUCCUUCCUCUACUUGGACCACAAUGCCCUGGAAUCUGUGCCUCUUAAUUUACCAGAAAGUCUCCGUGUAAUUCAUCUUCAGUUUAACAACAUAACUUCAAUCACAGAUGAUACAUUCUGCAAGGCUAAUGACACCCGUUAUAUUCGGGACCGCAUUGAAGAGAUACGCCUGGAGGGCAACCCCAUUGUCCUGGGAAAGCAUCCCAACAGUUUUAUCUGCUUGAAAAGAUUGCCUGUAGGGUCAUACUUUUAACCACUACCAAUGCAGCAUAUAAACCAAAGUAUACACAUGCAUAUAAUCUGUCUCAACAAUGUCUAAAGGAGCAUAAAUAUUUAAUAUUAAUUUUGUAUCCCACUAUGAGGAAUUUUACGUUUUAAACAAGGAUGUUCAAAAAUCUUACGCAUAAUAAGCAAAAUUGAAUCCAAAGUUCAAAACAAAGUAAUGUAAAAAUAUUUAAACAGCAUUAUAAAAUCCUUAUAGUUUAUACCAUACUGCCAUUUAAAAGGUAUGUUUUUCAUAUAAAUACCCAAAUUUAAGAAGCAUUAUUUCCAUUAAUAUUGAAAUGAAAGGAUUAAGUCCAAGAAACUUUCAACUAUUUGUCUUUCCUGGCCUUUACUGGAUCCCUAAAGCAUUUAAGGAAGAAGUUCCAAAAACUUUGAAAAACUAAGUAUUUCCAGUGAUCUCCCAUUUUUCUUUUAUGAUUCACACAUUAUUCAUUAUGAAGUAGGAACUCUGUUUUCCCUCUAUUAAGGCAGCUAUUAUAUUUUUCUACCCUGAGAAAUAGGGUACUACUCUCCUAUCUAGGCAAACCUUUCCAAAUAAAGCAUAAUUUUACUCUCUGAUAAAGACCUAAUAGAGUAGUAUGCAAAGUUAUUUUGCUUUGUAGUCACACAGUUAAAGGCUUUAGUAAAACAGUACAAAAUUUUCCUUCCUGUAAAUAUUAACAUUCCAAGUCUACCAUAAAACAUUUUAAGGAGUCAAGCAGACCACAAUCAGUAUGCUCAUAAAACAAAACGAAGAAGUUGAAUGUCCAUUCUAUUUCUCAAAAAAUAGCUAUGAAGUUCCUCAUUGUAAAGGCUUUCAAAUAUGACAGAUACUGAGGAAUCCUUUUUUACCACCAUAGCAAUGAGAAUCUCGUGGUUAAAUCUGUUCAAAUGUAAGACAUGAAAACAGUUCAUUUUAUGGUGUUACUGCACACCACAGUCAUGCAAACUGACUGUAUCUUCACAAGAAAGCUUUGGAGCAACAUUUUCUAAAGACUCAGGAUUAACUGAUCAUUUCACAGUGUGAAUUCAUCUGCACUCUAAUAGUGAUGACUCAUGAUGGAACAACGCUGCAGGAUUAAAUUUCCUAAAAUAACCUUCCCUCUUGCCCAAAACCCACUCAAAAGUCCCCACACUGCACUGGGGUUACUUCCAAAACUACCAGUGCUUUGGACACACGAGUCUGAACUAUGUACAUAAAAAUUUCCAAUACUGUUUCCAACAUAAAUCAUACAUUAGAAUCAAGUUGGUCUCCAUUUACCAUUCCCAAAACAAAUAGCUAUUCAUAUUUUUAAACAUUUGUUUCUGGCUUUCCUUAAGUAGAAUGAGCUCCUAUCUGUUUUUCAAUCUUUCUCCCCUUUGUCAAGGUUGACCAAAAGAUGAGACUUUUUCAUUAAAACAUCUGUGAUCUCUUAAGGUCAUAAUAAUUACCCCUAUACUAGUUCUUAAUUCAUUUAUUUUGAUAGUAAUCAUUAACUAUAUACUAGUUUCUCAUUAUUUUGUGUGCAUGCCUCAUUUUUCUGAAAGCUCACUAAACACAUCCAAUAUUCUCUUUAUACUUUCAAUGUACCUAGCAUAAUAGUGAGCAAAUCUGAACUGAAUAUGCAUGAAUAGUGCAAAAUAAAAUUCAUUUAAACCAA